AAUGACAAUAAAUUUUAAAAUGAUUUUGUGGUGAUAAUUCUCUUAGAAAACAAUUUAUUUGUUUGGAAUAAUUUUUAAAAAUGUUUGUAAAAGACCCGUGCGGAAUAGUCUGUAUUUUAGUGACGUAUAUCGCAGUAUUUUACGCUGAUUAUGUUGUCAUACGAUGGAUUAUUUUGCAUACGAUGCAAGACAGCUUAUGGGGCCCAUUUCACGUGGUUUCUUUCAACACGAUUCUACUGUUGCUGAUGAUGUCCCAUUUGAAAGCAAUAUGUAGCGAUCCAGGUGUGGUUCCUCUUCCUCAAACCAGGAUGGACUUUUCUGACAUCCAUACUGGUGGCACUGGAGCUAGUGAUGAUUGUGAGGAAAGAGAUGAUUGGAGUGUUUGCACUAGGUGCGAGACUUAUCGGCCGCCUCGGGCUCAUCAUUGUAGAAUUUGCGAGAGGUGUAUUCGGAGAAUGGAUCAUCAUUGUCCAUGGAUAAACAAUUGUGUUGGAGAACGUAAUCAAAAGUAUUUUAUUCAAUUUCUCGUAUACGUUGGUGUACUUGCCGUUUAUGCUAUUUCAUUGGUAAUUGUUUCAUGGGUUACUGACUGCCCAGAAUGUAGUACUGAUGUAACUAUAAAACAAAGUAGGAUCUUGCAUUGCGUGAUAUUAGUCCUGGAAUCAGCUCUAUUCGGAAUGUUCGUGGUAGCAAUCCUUGUAGAUCAAUUCCAAGCGAUUCUCGGAGAUGAAACAGCAAUUGAGCGGCUUCAGGGUGGACACAAUCACUACCACCAUCACCCGAAAUCACGUCGUGCUAUCACACUUCUCUCCCAGGUCUGCGGUAAAAGUCAUCCUAUUUUGUGGCUCUUUCCUUGUCACAAUCCACCGCGUUAUUCAUUCCGUCGUGAUGAUCGACUGCUCGAUCACGAAGUAUAAGUCUGCUUUAUUUAUUAUCUUAAAAUAUAAUUUCAACAUUUAUUUACUAAGUACUGAUAAUAAUUAAUCUUAAAAAAAAAAAAUAGAAUUAUAUUUGAGCUUAAUGUCAAUUAAUUGAAUUAUUGGUAUUCUUCCGUUGAUUUUUUGAAUCAGCAAUCAUGAUCACUUUGAUCAGCUUUAAUUACAUAUCCGAUAAACGGCCUUUAUCUAAAUUAGCUUGAUUAUUUUGUCUAUACCUAAUUAACUAAUUAUACUGUUACAAAUUAUAAAUUAUAA